UCUUCGUAACCGGCGACAGAUCAUCACAAAUUGUCCAGUCCUCGAGCUAAACUUACUCAGAACAAACCAACCAAGUUUGCCAACAUGAAGUUCUUCAUCGCCGCCUUCCUGAUCGCCGCCUGCGUGGCCCUCGUCCAGAGCAGUGUCAUCUACUCGCCGGUGUCCUCAUUGUCCUCGGUGCCGGUGGUGCGCUCCGUGCCCGUGGUGCGCUCUGUCCCAGUGGUGCGCUCUGUGCCCGUGGUGCGCUCUGUUCCCGUGGUGCGCAAUGUGCCAGUGGUGCGCAAUGUGCCAGUGGUGCGCAAUGUCCCAGUGGUGCGCAAUGUCCCGGUGGUGCAGUCCGUUCCAGUGGUGCCCUCCGUGGGACACGCCUCCGUCUACGAUGCUCCUCUGGUGCAGCCCUAUGGAGGAUGGUUGAAGCAGAAGUAGAUUGGACGCCACAAACAACGAUCCUUUUCAUAUACCUUCGAUGCGAAACAAUAUCUCUGAAUAGAACGAACAAAUAUAUACUAUCACAAUCAUAAUAAUACUAUCAAA